AUGCCAAAGCACCUCCCAACGUUCAAGCAUCUCCUUCACUCAUCUCAGCAAAUCCAAAGAACAGACACCAAAUCAGAAAAAUCAGUCAACGACUUACUCUCUUCAUCUCGGAAUGCACGACCGAGAGAUGUACCACCCCAUCUGAAUGGGACUAGUACCAAUGAAAGAGUAUGGGCACCUUCUCCUAUAGCUUCUACCAGUGGGACGAGUGGGAUAGGGGGCUUAGUGGAGGUUGAGAAUAGAGGGGUCCAUCCCGCCGAGAUUCUCCGCCGUAAUAAUAUAGCUCAUCGUCAAGCCUCUCGAUCAGUAGCUGGUCCAGCUCCUCCACCCUCCUGGCGACCAUCUCAAUCUUCAUCAUCUACCACAGAUAUAGCUCCGGGUCACGCCCAUGCUACAAGAUCUCCUCAACCAAUCACUACUUGGCAGCUUAAAUUAUCUACAUCAUUGCUGUCCAAUAGUCCUAUUACGCAAUCGAAUACCUUGGUGGAACAUUGCCUUAGAACCGUAUUAAGGUAUCUAGAAGACGAUCAGCCGAUCCUUUACUCCCCGGAGGAAGGCAAUUCGGAUGAACCGGAAGAAUCAUAUACUCUAGGUGAAAUACUUCGUGAACAAAUACCAUAUCUGUCUUUACAUUUAAGAUCAUCGUUACUCCACACAGCUUCUCUCUUGCCUUCCACCAGUCAACAUAGAUUAUCAGAUAAGUCUAUCUUGGCUAUAUCAUCUGAUCCUCCGCCAGAUCGACCGGGCCUGACGUUCGGUGACGGAUUACGAGAAUCUGAUAAACAAAAUCAAGAUGAUGGAAUUGGAAUUGGAAACGACUGGGAUGCUCCCUCAAUAUCUGAACCUACCCUGACCCACCUCUCACUAACUCUCCAUUCAUCGCCCCAAUCCAUUCUCCCUCGGAUACCCAAUCUCAGCUCGAUCACAUCUCUAAAUUUGGGAUAUAGCACACUACCAUCAGAUCUAGACAGGCUGGUUUCCGUUCUACCUGCAGGAUUGAGGGAAUUAUCUCUGGUGGGAACGACGUUCGGAGGGAAAGUGAUCAGCGAAGAUGGACUAAGAAGGGGGUUUGGUACGCUAGGCAGGAAAUUGAUAGUGUUGAAGAUUUUGGAUUUGUCGUUCCCUCGAUUUGAGCUCACACCUAAGAUCUUGGAAGGGCUAUUGUUACCUGGAAAGACGAAAUUACCUUCAUUACGAGUAUUAGGAUUAAGAGGGCUCAAGGAAGAUGGGGCAAACUUGGAACGAUCGGUCGUUGAUGGUAUAACAAAAUGCGACCAUGGAGGAACAGAUUGCAUUCAGGGCGUGAACAAAAUGAAGAAAGAAGUGGUUGAGCUGCUAAGGAAUAGUGGAAGGAGUAAAUACGUCGAAUCGAUCUGGUAA